UACAAAAGUUUUCGCUCGGUGUUGUCAAAGUUUACGAGGUAGAAAAUUUUAAUUCCUAAAAUCUCCGAUUACGUUAUGGCGUGUAUUAGAUUACUAGGCCUAGAGGUUCCUGUGUAGACAAUAUUUCUUCAUUGUGACUGUAAGGAUUUUUUUCUCCUUUUAAUGCACUACGAGAAAAAUUUUAGGUUAGGAAUUGCGCGUGUGUAAAUAAUAAUACGAUAUCAAUUAUUGUUUACGUUUGUGCUUACGAGUGAAGUGUACAAACUGUAUAUGUUAUGGUGUUGAAAAUAAUGUUUUGAAUACUUUUCUUAAUAACCAUGGUUUUUGCUGGAAGAAAGAAUCAGUCGUGAGGCCAGCAAGAUUUCAAAAGCAUCAACGUCGUAGUGGAUUUGAACAGGUCCCAGAAUGUCGUCCUUAUUGUAUGCCGAACUAGCUGCAACCUGCAAUGCCUUGGGAUAUUACGACGGAAACAAGUACUAUGUUGAUGCUCAUUGUGUCGAGACAGUGAAAGAUCUGAUCCGGUACCUGCGGCGGGAUGACGCCAACCACGAGAUCCGUCGCCACCUGGGCGAGGCGAAGGUGCUGCAGACGGAUCUGCUGCCGAUCCUGAAGGAUCACUGGCGCCGGGAGGAUCUGUUCGAUGUCGUGUUGAGGCUGCUGGUGAACCUGACGAACCCGGUGCUGCUGCUGUACCGCGAGGAGCUCCCGGAGGACAAGGCCUCCCGCAACUACUACCUGCAGCUCAUCGGCCACCUGCAGGCGUACAAGGAGGCCUUCGCCGACGGCGCCGUCUGGGGCGUCUUCAACCGCAGGCUGGGCGAGAUCAUGCAGAUCGAGUGGCAGGAUCGCAGCGAGGAGACCAGCCUGGUCAUGGAGCGCAUCCUGAUCCUGGUGCGCAACGUGCUGCAGGUGCCGGCGGAUCCCGCCGCCGAGAGGAGGACGGACAACGACGCCAGCAUCCACGACCAGGUGCUGUGGGCGCUGCACGAGUCGGGGAUGGUGGACCUCCUGCUGUACGUGUCCAGCAUGGAGCACGAGCACCAGUACUACAUGCACAUCCUGGAGAUCGUGUCGCUGAUGAUGCGGGAGCAGAGCCCCGCUGAGCUGGCCGGCGCGGCGCUCCAGCGCAGCGAGGCCGAGAAGCAGCGCGACGAGACGCAGCUGCUGGCCGUGCGACGGCGCGAGACGGAGGACCGGCUGGCCAAGGUCAAGAAGUACGCCGGCUCCAGGCAUUCAAGAUUCGGUGGCACGUUUGUCCUGAAAGACGUGAAGUCCAUCAGCGAUCAAGACCUGAUCUACCACAAGCCCCUCAACAAGCUGGAGUCCCUCAACUUCGACCUGGAGAAGAGCAGGCAGAAGCGACCCCGGAACCGCCUGCCGAUGAAGGAUGACAAGGCGGAGAGGAGGUCGGCCUACAGCAUCCGCCUGUUCCUGAAGGAGUUCUGCGUGGAGUUCCUGACCGGGGCGUACAACUCCCUCAUGCACACCGUUAAGGACGGACUGGCUCGGGCGAGGACGCAGGCUAACGACGAGUCGUACUACCUGUGGGCCAUGAAGUUCUUCAUGGAGUUCAACCGUCACUACAACUUCCAGGUGCAGUACGUCAGCGAGACUAUGCACGUGCAGACGUUCCACUUCGUCCAGACGCAGCUGGAGAACUGCUACGAGAUGAUGGUCACCGACAAGAAGAAGCUGCGGCUGUGGUCCAAGCGGAUGCACCUGGCGCUCCAGGCCUACCAGGAGCUGUUGAUGACACUGACGGCCAUGGACAAGUCUCCGGAUGAAAGUGUUCGUAAUUCAUCGAAAGUGAUCAAGAACAAUGUUUUCUACGUCAUAGAGUAUCGAGAACUGAUUCUCACGCUGUUGCUCAACUUUGAUGAGGUGAAGAUGUCAAGGCUGUACCUGAAAGAUUUGAUUGAGACAGCGCACAUUUUCUUCAAGAUGCUGGAGCAGUUUUGUUCCCGGGGCCACGUGAUGGUUCAGAAGCCAGUGGCCCGACGGAAGAAACGUAGAAAACAGCAGAAAGCAGUGGCAACAGAGCCACAGCCCUCGGCAGAGGACGCUUGGAACGACCUUGCACCUGAGAUAUCGGCCGUGCUGCAAGGUGGCGCGCUGAACACAGAGGCCGUGCCUUUCGACGCUGUCACGGACAGAGACAUGGACGACCAGAAAGUGGAUGUGAUGAGGAACAUUCAAAAAUGCCUGAAAGAGAGGAAGUUUGAAGAAGCGAUUGCUACGCUCAGGGCGUGCAGGGAGAUCUGGCCGGAGGAGGACCUGUUCGGCUCGCACGACGUGGCUCCAGAGGAGGAGCUGCUCCUGCUGAAGGACAUCUUCAUCACCGUUCCCGGUUCUGAAAAUGAAGUUCCAGCAACUGUGGAAAACCCAGAGCCAGAAGACAAUGAUGACGAUGAAUCAGAUGAUGACGAUGAAGAGGAGGAAGGAAUGGGCACAAGGCUGGUGGAGCAAGACUUCAAGUUCAUGGACUUUGCACGGAGGUUGGCCCACAGCAAGGUGAUGAGCGCGUGCUGCCUGCUGCUGGCGCAGUUCGACAGGAACUCUGCGCACACCAACCACUGCGCGGCCAAGAUGCUGCACCGCGUGGCCUUCGACUGCAAGAUGCCCGCCAUGCUGUUCCAGGCGUCGCUGUUCCGCACCUUCCAGCGCGUCUUCGAGUCGCGCCACCCCCAGCACAAGGAGCUGGCCAAGUUCGCAGGGUUCGUCCUGCAGAAGUUCGCCCAGGUGGCCGAGAAGAACAAGAAGGUCUUCAUGGAGCUGCUGUUCUGGAAGUCCAGCCGCGAUGCCUUCGAGAUCGAGAACGGCUACGGCAGCUACUCGACCCAGACUCACUCGUCCAAGAUGGCGUGGACGGAGGAAGAGGAGUUCGAGCUGCAGAGACUGUACGAUGAGUACAUGGGCCGGCAGGAGGGAUCGUCUGCCGGAAUGGUGGACUGGAUAAUGGAGAACCUGAUAAACAAGGACCGGUCCAAGAGAGGAGUCACCAAGAAGCUCAAAGAAAUGGGCAUCGUGGUCAACUCAAAGGCCCCGUCCAAGCGACCGCCCAAGCAGUGGCAGUCCUGCGAGGAGGAGCAGCUGGCGCAGUUGUUCGGCCAGUUCCGGGAAUCUGCAGACCCGGUCGGGGAGGUGGCGGGAGCGCUGGCCGUGCAGCGUCCGCGCAGCCAGGUCGUGGCCAAGCUGCUGGGCCUGGGUCUGGCGCGCGACAGGAAGGAGCUGCGCAAGAAGCGCUCCGGGAAGUCCAGGCACGCACUCGACGCCGGCUCGGAGGACGACUCGGCGGGCAGCGAUUCAAGCGACUCCGGCGGCAGCUCUGGACCGGCUGGAGCCACGCAGCGGGGGCAGAAGCACACCGCCGUGGCGCGGCGCGCCAGGUGGCGCAAGGCAGCGCCCCGUGAGCCCGGCGGAGUCCGGGAGAGACCUGCCCCGGCGGUCCAGUUCUCUCGGGAGAAGGCGUCUGCCGCUUUGCAGAACGUCAUCGCAGCAGGCAUGCAGGAGGCGGCCGCCUGGCUGCGAGAGACGCUGCUGGAGGAGGCAGCGGACCGGGGGGGAGGGCGGCCCCUGGAGGGCGUGCCCGUGCUGCCGCUCAGCGAGCCGUGCGUGGCCGCGAUGGACGACCCGGGCUUCCUGCGCGCCGUGGCCGCGCUCGGCCUGGAGCAGCCGCUCAGCACCGAGGGUGUUUACUGGCGUAUGCCGGCAUCAAUGACGGCACAAGACCUGCGGGUGAGGGCGAACGUCAUCAGCAUUGCUCUAGGAGUGGAGGUUGAAGGGACGGAGGACUGCGAAGGUUCAGCCGCGGCAGAAGCCGAGCCAGUUCGCAACCGACUCGAUUCGGAGUCGAGCGGUGAUGAGUUUGAACAUCUGAGGAAAUUCCUGCUGCCGGCGGCGAGCAGAGCGGACGACGGUGGACCACCGGACGGUGUUGCCGAAAGGGCCGGGAAACAGACGGGGAUCGGAGAAGAGGACGACGAAGCGGAAGGGACAAGAGGCGAAAACCCGGGCACGUCCGCAGACGUGGAGACGUUUGCUCGCGGUGGACGCGCCACGAGCAGGAAACGCGUGUUCGCGGACUCCUCCUCCGAGGGGGAGAGCGGAGAGAGGGCGGCGGGGCCGGGGGGCAAGUCCCGCCAGCACAGGAAGAUAGUCGUCCAGUCCUCGGACUCCGAGCCGGAGGCCGCCGUCUCGCCGCCCCCGAGAGACGAGGACGAAGACGUCUCUCGCAAGGUGACCAAGAGAUUCCUGGACUCUGACUCGGACGACGAUGGAGCCGUCAGGAGCAGCGCAAAGCGACAGCCGAUCAUAGAAGACGAGAAUGACUAGAGUUUUGUGAAUAUGUACCAGCAUUAGCUUCUAGAAGCACAUCUGCUUAUAAACAUUCCUGUAUUUUAGGUUUUUUUUUUUUUUUUUUGCAUUUAUGAAUGGUGUGUGUUCAUUGCUAGCUUUAUUAGAACUGUGUUCAAACUUAAUUUACUUUAAGUAGAGACAAUAUUUUAUGGUUCUAAUUUUAACCCAAUUUAAUUUUUAAAACAAAAGAUUUUGGUGUUAUAGUGUUUAUUUUUUUAUAGGCCUGGGCAAAUAUUUAUAUAUAUUCCAUUUUACCUCAAAUACUUACACUUCAAAAUAACGAAUAUUCCUUUGCUUACGAAUAACUCGUGAGUUUGUCAUAUACCAACGUUUACUGCUGAGAUGAAGUCAUUUGUGCAAUAUAAAUACCCUUAUUUUAUUUUUAAUGGGACUUCAUAAUCAAAAAUUGAACAAUAAGCGAUGUUUAAAACAUGCAACAAGUGUUCGAAGGUUGUUUUUUUUUCGCUACUUUCUUACUAAACAGUAACUGAAAAAAUUGCAUAAACAAUUCAAAAAAGGCAUAUUUGACAUUUAAAAUUUGAAAACAAAAUAUUAUUACUAUUCUUUUCGUCACAUGCACCAGAAGUAGGAAAAAAUAAAAGUCAUCUCAUCAACCAUGGAUUACAACAUCACAAAACACGGACACUCCAUUGAGAUGGGCAUUAAAAGAAGUAAUCGUCAUAGUUUCAACAGCUUAUACAUCUGUGACAUAACAAAUGCAACUCAAAUAUAUAUAUAAAAAAAUAUUAUUUCAUGUAGUUAUUGCAGCUAACUUAACUUAAACAGUCUUUCACUUAAGUAUUAUUUGCCUAAUUCUCCAGAAGUUGUUAUAUGAUGUAAAGAAAAAUUUUUUUUUGUGGAAUUCUAGUUCUCUCUCUUACUAUUUGAAUUUGGUAUUCAUAUUCGCGAAUAAUUUGAUAUUCGUAUUUGAACUCAAUUCAAACUAAAAAACUGAUAUUUCCACAGGCUUAAUUUUUUAUAAACUCCUAUUAUUCAUAAAGAUAACACCAUUUUGAACAAAUAUAACUCUUGCAUGUUCAGUGAUACUUACUUUAUCAAAACAGUGACAUUUUGACUGAUAUGUGAUGCACUUUUGCAGUAUAAUGAUUUGUAAUAAGCAUGUCUAACUAGAGCUGUAUCAGUUCACAAAAUUUUGCCGAUACGCUGAUAUGCCAGUACAACUUACUAUUGCCGAUUCACAGAUUCCAAAACAAUACGAGAGAAAACACAUUUUAGUUAAAAAAAAAAUGUUUAUAAAAUUACUAAACUACCCAAAAUUUCAUCAUUCUAAGAAAAGCAUGCAAUGCAAAUGCAUACGUUUUUAGUUUGCAUAAACAAAAGUUAAUUAAUAAAGAAAAUGUACGAUAAACUGAAGGGGAUAAAUUUUUUAAAACCAGCAGUUAUAUAGAUACAAAAACAAGUGAGUGCUUGCCUAAAGUUUGCUGUCAUUAAACAUUUUACAAUAAACAAUUCAACACAAUUUACAUAGUCAUACAUUGGUUCGUUAUAGAAAACGUUUAACUAAACUAGUACUGAUUACAGAUUUCCUAGAUUUUUAUUAAGUAAACAUUCUUAUUUACACCCCACAAUUUCUGCUCAUUCUGUAUUCAUUACUUUGGAUUGACGGUAACUGACAAAUAAUGUAAAAAUUCCAACCUGAAACAAAAUGUAUUAAUCUUUGACUUUUUUUUUUUUUUAAGUGUGAAGUAAACCUGAUGGAGAAUUGGAGCUUAUGUCGUGGUAGCAUAAUGACAUGAUUAUAUCUCGCCCAGUUGGUGAUAUCCAGUUUAGAAAUGGUAUCAUUUGGUUGGAAUUAUAAUACAUGUGUAGAGACCUGAAAAAUUCGCGGGUUCAUUUCGUGUUAUGCUAAAAUUCAAAUAAUUUUACCUAAGUGCUGCUUCUGCCAUUGGUUCACUGUUAAUCUGGAGGACUGAGGGCCAAUUAGAGACCCUCACUCAUAGAAGUGUCGAAUCACAGGCCACCCAGUCGAGACGACUCACAAGUCAGCAGCUAAUGAACAGUUGGCAUUUGCCCGAGUGUGCAGAGAAUAUUCGAGUCCAUCCUGAAGGUCAAUGAACCCGUGAAUUUUUCCGGUCUCUAUGCAUGUGUUAAGAACAUGUAAUUACUUUAUUAUAUUAAAUUUAGUAAAUAGCUUUUAAAAUGAAACAAAAGUAGUUUUACUGGUAACCAUUUUCAAAUGUUUGUUAGAUUAGGUUAUGUACUUACAUUCAAAGUGCUAUUAUCAUUUGUAUGUUGGUUUGUUAGCUUCAUUAAAAAAUACUGUUAAAUGGUGUGA